UUUUAACCGAAGAGCACUUCAUCCUAGCAUUUUUGCGAAAUAUUUCAUUUAUACAGAAGGGUUUUUGCUUGUUUCACAGCUAUGACGCAUUUAGUGGAAAUAGGGGAAAGUAUAGUUGAAAAUAUUGGCGAUGAGGAUAAUAAUUUUACCGAAAUACGAAAGAAACUUUUAAACGAUUUUGAUACGGCGGAGACAGUUCGUAAAGUGUUAAAAAGCUCGAAGACUGGCAAUUCUAAAGAGCCUAUAAAAGUAUACCUACGAAUUAAACCUUUAACUGGCGAUGAAAUCGAAGCUGGUGAGUCACAAGGCUGUUUAGAAAUGGAGAAUAUGCGUACUGUUGCUUUGCAUCCGCCGAAGACAUCCUUCACAUUCAAACAUCAGUCACGAAAUGCAAUCACUUCUGAGACUAUUCAACGCUUUACUUUUUCACGAGUCUUUGGACCUGAGACAGGCCAAAAACGAUUCUUUGAAGACACUUCUUUAGAUGUUGUCAGGGAUUUCAUAAAUGGCCAUAAUUGUUUAGUGUUCAGUUACGGAAUUACGAAUGCUGGAAAGACUUAUACCAUCUUGGGCAACCAGCAAAAUGUAGGGAUUCUGCCAAGAACAUUUAAAAUCCUUUUCAAGAGUUUUAAAGACCAAAAUUAUGAGCAUUCCAAUCUGAAACCAAAAAUGUUUUGUGAUGUUGUCAAGCUAAGCAGUUUGCAGGAGGAGAAUGAGGAAAGCAAGAAAAAGAACUUACUUUUGUUAGGUGAUGUUCCUACAUAUCACCAGAGUAUUAGCACAAGUGAUCUUUCAUUGCAAGACAGUGUGGAAGAACAACAUAGUGGGGAUACUAUUGAUGUUUCCUCAUUAUUGGAUGUAACAAGUAUUCCUAUUGAAGACCAAGGCCCAAUUCAGUUUUCUGUUUGGAUUUCAUUUGCUGAGAUUUAUAAUGAGUAUAUUUAUGAUCUUCUUGAACCAAUCUCUAUGAAUAAAGAAACAAGAAGGAGAACACCCUUAAAAGUUGGAGAUGACAGAGAAGGCAAUCCCUAUAUCAAAGGUCUAACAGAGAUUCAUGUGAAUAAUGCAGAAGAGGCCUACAAGCUGUUGAAAAUUGGAAGGAAAAAUCAAAAGAUUGCAUCAACCAAACUGAACCAAAAUUCAAGUAGAAGCCACUGCAUUUUUACAUUGAAAAUUCUACGCGUUUUCCAUACUAAGGAGCCACGUGUUGCAAGAGUCAGCAGGCUAUCCUUCGUAGACUUGGCUGGCUCUGAAAGAUACACCAAAACCCAAAACACCGGUGCCCGUCUGAAGGAAGCUGGUAAUAUCAAUACCUCGAUUAUGACCCUUGGGAAAUGUGUCGAACUACUGCGGUACAACCAGAACCAUGUAAAUAAUCAGAAGAACAUCCCAUUCCGUGAGAGCAAAUUGACGCGCCUGUUCCAAGGAUUUUUUUGCGGAAAGGGAAAAGCGUCUAUGAUCGUCAAUGUUAACCAAUGUGCUUCUGCGUUCGAUGAGACUCUUCAUGCGCUGAAGUUUUCUGCAAUAGCCAAGAAGGUGACGACGAUAGCUCACGGCCCGCAGCAGCCCGUAGAAAUCCACAAUCGUCCUCUACAGGUAUCUGCGCGAUCUAAUCGGUCUUCUGUAGCUUGGGCCGACGGGUCUGUUUCCACUCCAGUUGGUAAUAAAGUUAACUUGCAAACAGAUGACAACGAUGCAACGGUAUCAGAAGAAGAUACUGCCAAUAUUACCCCUCUUGCGGGAAGCAAGGAUCUGGUGAAAGUAAUUGCGGAGCUGGAAGUCCUUCUUAAGGAAGAAAGGAAGGAAAAACUAAUGAUGGAGAUGAAGAUACGGGAAGAAGUUUGCCAAGAGAUGGCCGAACAAUUGGUGGAAAUUGAGAGAAAUUACAAUGAACGUAUGGAAGAAGAGCAGCGAGCGACGGAAGAGUUGUAUGAGAAGAGAUUGGACAUACUAAGUAAGUCUGUGAAGAAAGCAAGAAAACGUCCACGUUUUGACCUCGUGGAGGAUGAAGAUGAUGAAUGGGUGUCUUCUGUCGUUCUCCAUCGAGAGGAAAUGAAGAACAAGGACCUAUCUGAGCGUAUUGUGGUGUUGGAACAGAAGCUUGCGUCUCUGGGAGAGGAACGCGGUACGAUGAUAGACAACGUCGCGACAUUGGGGAAAGAAAAAGAUGAAAUUAUCGAGAAUUUGCGAAAGGAACUACAAAGCCGUGAUGAGAAUAUUAAAGCUUUCUUGGAAAAGGCAACGGUGGAUGAGGAAGAGAAAUUAGUCGCUGAACAAAAAUUGCAAGAAGAGACAAAAAUGAUAAAAGAACAAAAAGAGAAUAACCUUGUCAAACAACUCGAAAAGCGCUUGCAGGAAUCAACGGCGGCUUUGGAUAAGAAAAAUUCACAACUUAUCAGCAAAAACAAUGCCAUAACGAAAUUGGAGAACAGCUUGAAAAUUAACCGAGCCGAUUUAAGCGCGAAGGAAGAAGAAUUGAAAGAGCUCAGAACUAAAAUUGAGCAACAGCAGUCCAAUCUAUUGAAUAAAAGCCAGGAAAAGAUGGAAAUCGUGGAGAACUUGAAGUUUGUCGAAGGGGAAUUGCUGAUUAUGAGUUCUAAAGAGAAGGAAACACAAGUGGAAAUGGGGGAAUUUAUGAAAGAACUAAACAAGGCUAAAGAUGACGCUGGAAAGUGGGAGUUGGAAGUGAAAAGGCUUCAACAAACGGAGGAAAUUUUAAAAACGGUCGAGGGUCGUGUAGAGGAGUUGAAGAAAGUUAUUGGGAGCAAAGAAGAGGACUUUAUUUCGUUAAAGCAAGACUUUGAUAAGGCUCUUGAUGAUCUCGCGAAUGUGCAAACUAGGGUAGUUGAACGUAAUGAAAAACUGGAAGAAAUGGAAAUCCUUGUCUGUUCGUUGAAGAAUGAGUCUCGUUGUAAGGAGGCUGAGGUUGCUCGGUUGCAAAAGGAGUUGACAAACGCGCGUGAUGAAUUGAGGAAUAUAAAGGAGACGAAAGAUGAAGGGUUAGAACAAGUGAAACAAGAAAUGGAAAAGACGGAUGUGUGUCUAAAACAUUACGAGGUGGAUAUCGAACGGUUGAAGAAUGGGCUCGAAGAAUCUAAUCAGGUCGUGGAGCAAAUGGAGAAAGAUUUGACUUCAAAAGAAAAGGAGAAUAUGAGUCUUAUUUCACAACUGGAAAAAUUACUGCAGAAUGAAGAAAAAAUGAAGGAAUUGACGAGGGAAAAUGAUUGCCUCGACGGGCAAUGUGAACGAUUUAAGAUUAAAAUAUUUGAGCUUGAGACAGAGGUAGAAAAACUGCAACAAGACGUGAAAAAAGAGACCACGAAGAAGGACACAGCAACAGCAGCAUUGAGAGAUGGCUUGGAGAUUGUGAAGGCAAAGAAACAGGAGUUCGAGGCCAGAAUGAACGAAGCUGAGAAAGAAAAAGAAGAAAUAAAGAACGGUUUUGAAAUGAAGAUCGCAGAUCUACGAGAAGAAAUUGCAAGAUUGUCGUCUGCUAGUAGCGAGAGUGGCGGGAAAACGGAUCCAUCGGACAUGGAAGGUGAUGACGACAGUAGCAAUGGGGACUAUGUAUACAAGCCGGUCAAGGUGGAGAGUUUCAACAUGCCUGGAAAGGAUAGAAUGGAAAUAGAUGUGACUCCUAUCACUGGAACGGGUUUGCCGAAAGGCAGCAAGAAAACAACAAAAUCAUUGAAAAGAAAAAGCAGCGAUAUGACACUUAGGGAGAUCCAGCAAGAUUUUGCUAAAACAAAACUGAGGAAAACACGCAGCUCAGUAUCUGGUCGCUCACGGCCAUCAAAAGCCAAUAUGACCGCAUCCACGUUUUCUUUAACCACUUUGGAUGAAGAUUCCGAGAAUGCCCAUCCUAAGACGAAAUCAGGACGAAAGUUCUUGAAUAUGCUACCUUUCCCGGAGGGAAUAAUAAAGAGCAAAACAAGUACAGACUCGAAGAACAGAACGAGAAAACUGUUCAAAAAGACGGAAAUAUCUGCUCCUCUAGAUUCCCCAAAUCCUGUCAUGGCUGACCAUGUUGGCACACCUACGACUGCUCGGGCACAAGACGUAAUUAUGCGGCGGCUCAGGUCACGCGUUAUUAAAGUGGCAAAAUGAUUGGUUUGUUAAGGGAGCGUCAACACUUUAGGACAAGAUCUGGUCUGGAUUAUAUAUAUUUUUCUUAGGAGCAAAACGAGCAGCAAAUUUCUCACAGCUGUCUCAAAUCCUCUCCAAUGUACGCGCGUUUGUCAAAAGUAUCGUAAACUUUCGCACCUGCGCAAUGCACGUUGUUGUUUCUUGUCUUUGCAGGCAAUUACAGCAUUUUAUGUUGCGUGCAGUUUAAAACUCUCUAACCAUACUGAAGAAAGCGUAUACCGUAUUUACUCGUUUGAGCGCCGCAGCGCUCUUUAAAUUUUUAGAACUUCAGAUGCGGCGCUUAAUCUAGGGCGGCGCUCAAGGGGGGGCUAAAAAAUUUAUCGCAAACCCGGCGCUCUUUCGGGGGCGGCGCUCAAUCCAAUAAAUACGGUAUACCUUUUUCUACAGCUGACCCCAGAGUUGUAACUAUGUAAAUAAAUGCAUUAUUA